AUGAGCGUUGUCGGGUUUGAUUUCGGAAACGAGAAUUGUCUUGUAGCUGUUGCAAGGCAAAGAGGUAUCGACGUUGUGCUUAACGAUGAGUCAAAUCGCGAGACUCCGGCGAUUGUAUGUUUCGGCGAGAAGCAACGUUUCAUCGGGACUGCUGGAGCUGCUUCGACUAUGAUGAACCCUAAAAACUCCAUAUCUCAGAUCAAGCGUCUAGUCGGCCGCCAAUUCUCCGAUCCUGAGCUGCAGAGAGAUAUCAAAUCUAUGCCCUUCUCCGUUACCGAAGGCCCCGAUGGAUACCCUUUGAUCCAUGCCAAUUAUUUGGGAGAGAAGAGAGCUUUCACUCCCACUCAGGUCAUGGGGAUGAUGUUGGCUAACUUGAAAGGUAUUGCUGAGAAGAACUUGAAUGCUGCGGUGGUGGAUUGCUGUAUCGGUAUUCCGGUUUACUUCACCGACCUCCAGCGGAGAGCUGUUUUGGAUGCUGCGACGAUCGCUGGCUUGCAUCCGUUGCACUUGAUCCACGAGACUACAGCGACGGCUUUGGCGUAUGGUAUUUACAAGACCGAUUUGCCAGAGAGUGAGCCGCUCAAUGUCGCUUUCAUUGACGUUGGGCACUCGAGCAUGCAAGUGUGCAUUGCUGGAUUCAAGAAGGGACAGCUCAAGGUCUUGUCUCACGCUUUUGACCGCUCGCUGGGAGGAAGGGACUUUGAUGAGGCUCUUUUCAAUCACUUUGCUGCUAAGUUCAAGGAGGAGUACAAGAUUGAUGUCUACCAGAACGCCAAGGCUAGUCUCAGGCUGAGAGCUGCGUGCGAGAAGGUGAAGAAGGUUCUAAGCGCGAAUCCUGUGGCGCCAUUGAACAUCGAGUGUUUGAUGGAUGAGAAGGACGUUAGGGGUGUCAUGAAGAGGGAUGAGUUUGAAGAGAUCAGCAUUCCGAUUUUGGAGCGUGUUAAGAGGCCUCUAGAGAAAGCUCUAGCUGAUGCGGGACUCGGAAUUGAAGAUGUACAUAUGGUCGAGGUCGUUGGCUCUGGCUCUCGUGUCCCUGCUAUUAUCAAGAUCCUGACUGAGUUUUUCGGUAAGGAGCCGAGGCGUACGAUGAAUGCAAGUGAGUGUGUGUCCAGGGGAUGCGCCUUGCAGUGUGCUAUUCUCAGUCCGACCUUUAAAGUUCGUGAAUUCCAGGUUCAUGAGAGCUUCCCUUUCUCGAUCUCUCUGGCAUGGAAAGGAGCAGCUUCUGAGGCUCAAAAUGGAGGAGCUGAGAAUCAGCAGAGCACCGUUGUUUUCCCCAAAGGAAAUACCAUUCCUAGCGUCAAGGCUCUAACGUUUUAUCGCUCUGGGACAUUCUCUGUUGAUGUGCAGUACAGUGAUGUGUCGGAGUUGCAAGCACCUGCAAAAAUCAGCACAUACACGAUUGGUCCCUUCCAGUCAUCAAAAGGCGAGAGGGCAAAGCUUAAAGUGAAAGUGAGAUUGACCCUGCACGGAAUUGUCUCAGUUGAAUCAGCAACUCUUUUGGAAGAGGAGGAAGUCGAAGUUCCAGUCGCAGAGGAAUUCACUAAGAUGGACACUGACGCAACACCUGCUUCUGGUGACGCUGAUGCUGACAUGCAGGACGCCAAGGAAACCAGUGAUGCAGCUGGUGCUGACAAUGGUGUUCCCGAGUCUGCUGAUAAGCCGGUGCAAAUGGAAACUGACUCAAAGGCUGGGGCUCCGAAGAAGAAAGUGAAGAAAACCAAUGUACCUCUGUCAGAAAUCGUGUACGGUGCGUUGCAAACUGUGGAUGUCCAAAAGGCUGUGGAGAAAGAAUACGAGAUGGCUUUGCAGGACAGAGUUAUGGAGGAGACCAAGGACAAGAAGAAUGCUGUUGAGUCCUAUGUUUAUGACAUGAGAAACAAACUGAGCGACAAAUUCCAUGAUUAUAUCAUCGACUCAGAGAGGGAAGCAUUCCUGGCGAAGCUUCAGGAAGUUGAGGAUUGGUUGUAUGAAGAUGGUGAAGAUGAGACUAAAGGUGUUUACGUUGCAAAGCUCGAGGAGCUCAAGAAGGUUGGUGACCCUGUUGAAAUGCGUUUCAAGGAGUCGCAAGAAAGAGGAACGGUCAUCAAUCAGCUUGGUUACUGUAUCAACAGCUACAGAGAGGCAGCUGCGUCUAACGAUGCCAAGUUUGACCACAUUGAUUUGGCAGAGAAGGAAAAGGUUUUGAAGGAGUGUGUGGAAGCAGAAGCAUGGCUGAGAGAGAAGCAGCAGCAACAGGAGGCUCUUCCCAAGUACGCAACACCAGCUUUCUUGUCUGCUGACGUUACAAGCAAGGCUGAUGCAUUGGACAAGUUUUGCAGGCCUGUAAUGACCAAACCAAAGCCGGCGGCUAAACCGGCGGAGGCUCCACAAGCCAAGGCGGCUGAUGAGGAAAGGAGUGAGCCAGAGCCAGCGGCGGCCUCCGGUGAAGAGCCAAUGGACACAGAGAAGCCUACUCAAGAUAGUGCCUAA